AUGGAACCAGGCAAUGAAACCCAUUUGUCGAAACUAUUUCUCCUGGGAUUCACUAAGGACCCAGCACUGCAGCCUGUCAUCUUUGGGCUCUUCCUCUCCAUGUACCUGGUCACUGUAAGUGGAAACUUGCUCAUCAUCUUCGCCAUCCUCUCUGACCCCCACCUCCACACACCCAUGUACUUCUUCCUUGCCAACCUGUCCUUCUCUGACAUCUGCUUCACUUCCACCACCAUCCCCAAGAUGCUGGUGAACAUCCAAACGCAGAGCAGAGCCAUCAGCUAUACAGGCUGCAUCACACAGAUGUUCUUCUUUCUUCUUUUCAUUGGGUUGGACAACUGCCUCCUGGUUGUCAUGGCCUAUGACCGGUUUGUGGCCAUCUGUCACCCCCUGCACUACACAGCCAUUAUGAACCCUUGGCUCUGUGUGCAGUUGUUUCUGGUGUGCUGGACCAUUAGUCUCCUGCACGCCUUGUUGCACAGCUUAAUGCUUUUACGGCUGUCUUUCUGCACAGACAUAGAAAUUCCACAUUUUUUCUGUGAGCUGGACCAGGUGGUCCAUAGAACCUGUUCUGACACCUUUCUCAAUGACCUGACGAUCUAUGGUGCGUCUGUGCUGAUGGGAUGUGGGUCCCUGGCUGGGAUCCUGUUCUCCUACUCUAAAAUUGUCUCCGCCAUCCGUGCCAUCACCUCAGCUCAGGGCAAGUAUAAAGCUUUUUCCACCUGUGUCUCUCACCUCUCUGUCGUCUCCUUGUUUUAUGGCACAGGACUGGGUGUGUACCUCAGUUCUGCAACUGCACACAACUCACACUCAACAGCCACAGCCUCGGUGAUGUACACCGUAGUCACCCCCAUGCUGAACCCCUUCAUCUACAGUCUCAGGAAUGAAGACAUCAAGAAAGCCCUGAAAGGAACUUUUGGAUGGAAGCCAUCAACGAAUCAGGUGUCUUAG